AUGCCUGACGAUAGAAAAUUUUCACUUUCAUUUGGACAAGAACUUCUCAUCAAUGCCUUCAAGUUUUCUCUGACAAGUGUAUUGACGCUUGCACUUCCCGGACUGAUCCAAAGUGGUUCUAUUGCAGCAAAUUUACAGGAGAUUCCCUCACGACAUGCUGUAACGAAGCUUGCAUGCAAGGUUCGCGCUAACUCAUACGAAGAUUAA